UCCAGUUAGUCCACUGGAUCUUCCAACCUAUGGACGGACGGAGGAAUAUAACUGCAGUUUCACUGACUGCUUGCAGUGCAUGAGAGGAACGCCGACUGUUGGGGUCUGGUGAGCAUCAGUGUUUUGGAUACAUUUGUCAGCUGUGAUAACACCAGGUACCAAGUUAAAAUGGCCAGUCAUCUUCUAAACUUGUUGCUUUUGCUGAGCACAAGUGGGUGUCUUUGUCAAAAGGAUUGUACAGGUGUGGAUUGCCCCGUACUGGACAAAUGCAUUGAAGAAGUAUUGGACACUGGAGCAUGUUGUGCCACGUGCAUGAAAACGGGUUGCAUGUGUGAGGGCUACCAAUAUUACGACUGCAUCAGGGCCGGCUUCAGAAAUGGUAAGGUUCCAGAAGGCGAGUCGUAUUUCGUGGAUUUUGGAAGUACUGAGUGCUCCUGUCCGCAGGGAGGUGGAAGGAUCAGUUGCCAUUAUAUGCCAUGCCCUGAGAUUCCUGCUAACUGCAUUGAAUUGACCGAACCUGCUGAUGGGUGCAUUCAGUGCGAGCGCGUUGGAUGCGUUCACGGGGACCAGAAGUACGAAGCAGGUCACUCCGUCCAAAUUGACCCGUGCCAGGUCUGCCACUGCCCAAGCGGUGGUGGCGACCUAAUGUGCUAUCCAAUUCCAAAUUGUGAUCCGAAUCGCGUUCCAAAACCCUUACAUGUGCCAGCGGUGGCGGAUGGCACGUCAGAGAGUCACUACAGAGACCAUUUACUGCACAUUCAUCAAAGCUCUAGAGGUCCAAUUUCCAAACUCCUUCCAGCUGCACGCAGUGAUAACAAUGGUCCUUUAAACCUGCAUCCAAGCCACAUUGUUGAUGAAGAAGAGGAUGAGGAAGACUAUGAUUAUCCCCCAACAGAUUAUUUAGAUCCAUCCCUGCAUGGUUUUGCCUCUCCCACCAAAUCGUCCAUCAUAUCAGUGUCAAAUCCGCAGAAUUUUACUCCCCGACAGGCUUUCCACAGGGCCACCAAAUAAGAACUGAGAGAGAUGCUUGGCAUUCAUAAAUCCACAAGAGACAGGCCGCAGUUUCCCUCCCAUAAGGCCAGUACAGAUCGGAUGAAGAUCAGCACUCAUAAAGACAAACCAAAUGAAGAGAACUUUCUGAAAUAUAAAACAGUCCAAGAACAAUUUAUCCUUCCUGUGGAAACCACUAACAGAGUGGGAAUCUCCUCUCGCAAAGAAACCACCCAGAGCUUCAGUCUUUAUAAAGAACGCUCCAAUCAAGAGGACUUAACUGAUGCGGACAGCAAUACAGACAGUGAACACCUUGCAUUUCCUAAAGAAACCUCUGAGGGGGAUAUUUAUAACUUAGAGGAUGACACCACAACCACGGAGUCCGCAACAACAGUAGAGCAAACUACAUCUCAACUCUGGGAAACCACAGCUUCACGGCAAACCGCUUGGAACGGCGUAUCAGAGAGUCAAAUUUUGGAAGCAGACAGUUCUGAACGAGAAGAAAGCAUCACAGCUGCUUUGAACCAAACUACUAUCCAUGAUGGUACUCAACCGGCCGUUGUUGAUGGCAAUACAAAUAUCCUGAACAGUUUAGAUCCUGUUCAGCAAAGUGUGACAGCAUCAGGCGUUGACUCGAGCCAAACUUUACCAGAACAUGGAAAAUCACCUUUAGAGCCUGAAAAGCCCUCAGAGGAACACAAACAGCUUUCAGCAACCCACAUGGUAGACCACGAAAAACUCAUUGAAAACCACAAAAACCCCACAGAGGAGCUGGCGCGGUCCUCUGGAGACCACAAGACCAAGUCUGAAAGGAAACAGAAGUGGCAGUUGUUCUCUCCGGAGGAAUUCACUCCAACCAGCCCAUCUCCUAACACACAGUCUCACAGUCUGUUUAACUUCAGUGAAGAGCAGGAAGAGGCAGACAACACCCUCAGCUCUCAUUCUAGGAUGAAGGAGGGUUCGAUAGAAAGCUGUUGUGCGGCUGGACAGAAAUGGGCAGAGGAGAAUCAGCAUUGCAACUUUAUGCCUGUGAUAUCAGAAGACCUCAGCUCUGUGUGCAGUGUUGUCCAGAAGCAAUGCUGUUCAGGUGCUCUGAGGGAGAGCAGGUGUCAGGCUGGCAUAAAUGCAGCGAAAGCUGGACAGGCGUGUGAGGAAGGAAACAGCUCACCCUGUGGAGAAGACUCUCAUAAGGACUGCUGCAGCUGCUGCGCUUUGGGUCUGCUUCUGCGCAGGGAAGGCAAAGAUUGUAAAGCGCAUCGGUACCUUAGCUACCCAUGUGGACACGUGUUCCUCGCGUGCUGCGAGGAUGGAGAGGAGGGGCUUUCUCCCCCCACCCUGAAGAAAAAAGAGAGGCCGGAGCCGACUGCUACUCCUAAGAGAGUGUCAGACAGUCAGUUCCCAAAGCAAGCGCUGUCUGUUGGAGAAGUGGAUCCUGGAGCAAAUUCACUGGAGGAUUUAGAGCACGAAGACAGGUGCCAGAGAUUUGGAGCAAUCUGCCAUCACGCCUGCAUCAGUACUCACGAAUCCUACCUGUGUGUCUGCCACCCUGGAUACACGCUCCUGCAGGACGCACGCACCUGUGUGCCAGAGAACCAGGAGGAAGACAACCGAGUUAGUGAGGAAGACCAGGUGGUGACUGUACCUCCUGCACAACAGGAAACCUUUACUGAGACCCCCGUCUUACAUUAUCCAUGUGCAGAUAAUGGACCCUGUGCUCAGCGCUGUUCUGCGGUCAGAGGCCUAGCGCAUUGCUCCUGUUUCCCUGGAUACUUUCUGAUGGUUGACGGACACACCUGUGAAGAUUUGAACGAGUGUGUGACGAACACACACACCUGCCAGGCGGAUGAGCGGUGCAGAAACGGAGAGGGCUCCUACCGGUGUGUGUCGCUCGGAUGGAUGUGUGAUGAUGGCUUUGUUCACAACCAGAGUAGAGAUUGUGUGGAUUUGAACGAGUGUGUGACGAACACACACACCUGCCAGGCGGAUGAGCGGUGCGUGAACACAAUCGGAUCGUUUAUGUGCCAGAGGCGGAUCUCGUGUUCAAGAGGCUACCAGGAGAGAAACGGAGUGUGUGAAGACAUCGAUGAGUGUGUAGUGCGUACUCAUAACUGUGGGACGGGCUUCGAAUGCCAGAAUACCGAUGGCUCCUUCACGUGCAACCCAAAGCAACGCUGUCUCACGGGCUUCACUCAGGACUCACAUGGCAACUGCCUCGACAUAGAUGAAUGCAGCAGUGUAAGUGAGCCUUGUACUUCUGGCUUUAACUGCAUAAACACAGUGGGCUCUUAUACCUGUCAGCGCAAGAUUAUUGUAUGCAGUCGGGGGUAUCAUUCCAGCCCUGAUGGGGCACGUUGCGUUGAUGUGGAUGAGUGUCAGACUAGCACCCACCGCUGUGGACAGGGCCAAAUCUGUCACAACCUGCCCGGCAGCUACCGCUGUGACUGCCAAACCGGCUACCAGUAUGACUCCAUUCGCAAGCUCUGUGUGGAUGUAAAUGAAUGCUGGAGGUACCCGGGCCGCCUGUGCGCCCAGACCUGCGAGAACACGCCGGGUUCCUAUCAGUGCUCUUGUACUACCGGCUUCUCCCUGGCUUUCGACGGCAAGAACUGUGAAGAUCUUAAUGAAUGUGACAGCAAUCCCUGCGGUCAGGAAUGCGCAAACAUCUACGGCUCGUACCAGUGUUACUGCCGAAUGGGCUACUUCCUGAAAGAGGACGGUCAUACGUGUGAAGAUAUCGACGAGUGCUCACAGAGCAUUGGGAAUCUCUGUGCGUUCCAGUGUGUGAAUGUCCCGGGAAGCUACAAAUGUGCCUGUCCUCCGCACGGUUACACCAUGUCACCUAAUGGACGCACCUGUGAAGAUAUUGAUGAAUGUGCCAUUGGAUCGCACAACUGCUCCGCCUCUCAGACCUGUUUCAACAUCCAGGGCGGGUUCCGCUGCCUGUCUUUUACAUGUCCAGAGAACUACAAGAAAGUGUCAGACACACGCUGUGAGCGAUUAAAUUGCCCCAACUUCCAGCAAUGCCAGACCAUGCCAUUACGCAUCACAUACUACCAACUGAGCUUCCAGACCAACAUCGUCAUCCCCGCUCAGAUCUUCCGUAUCGGACCCUCGCCCGCCUACUCGGGCGACAACGUCAUCAUCAGCAUCCCGCAAGGAAACGAAGAAGGCUACUUCAGCACACGGAAGCUCAACAGCUUCACGGGCGCCGUCUACCUGCACCGCCAGGUGCACGAGCCACGGGACUUCCUCAUCGACGUGGACAUGAAGCUACUGCGUCAGGGAACUUUCACAACUUUCCUGGCUCGAAUCUACGUCUUCAUCACGCCGAACUCCAUGUGAUACUUCACUCCACUUUUGAUUUCAUGUGGUGCUAUACUCCUCAAGCUUCGGCCUUGAAGUUGUUUGUCAUCUAGCUGUUCUUUUGACUUCUGUUUGCCUAAUGGAUUUUGCUGAGCAGACUUAGACGGGACUCUCCCGUCGGGAUCCGACCGCUUGUUUUGAGCAGAGCAAGAACAAACAGAGCUGAGCGCAGAGACUGACAGAAACAUUUGGCUUUUAAAAGUCUCACUUUUUCCUCUUUAAAGUGUUGAAAGUGCUCUACUCCAGAUGCUGUUUAUACAGUACCAAUUUAUCUUGAUUGCCUGAAACUGCUUUUUAUAGCACUUUGUUUCAUUUCUAACCACACAAUGUUUCUCUGUGGGGGGUGGCAAGGGUUGAGCUGAGGUAGCGCUAGACAUUUAGACACAAAUUUGUCACGAUUCUGCCGCAGGCCCGUCAAGCGUUUUCGCCUCAUUUAGACGUCGACAGCGUUUACAGCUCUUUUAAAAACGGCUAAUAAUUGUGUUUUAAAACCUAUCCUUGAUAACUCAAAUAAACGCCUCAGUUCAUACCAUACUCCACCUGCACAUGAGAAAUGUGGGUGACUGUGUCUGUAAUCACUUGCAAUUAAAAGGAUGUAUUAUGUUUUCUAAUAUUUGUUUCAAAACGUAUCUCUUCAUAGUUUGUGGUGCAAAUAUACCGUUUUGCAAACAUUUAACAUACAUACAUGAAGAAUGUGUGAGCACUGAAAAUAUUUCUUCAUUUCGUUUUAUGUUAUUCUGUACGUCUUUAUUUGUAAUACUGGGCCUAUUUUAUGUAUUACUGUCUUUAAAAUUCAUCUCAGGGUUCCAAAAAUUCACCUCACUAUAUUCGCAUGCACAGCAUAACUGGAAUCACAGAAUUUUUAUCAUUACUUGGCAACAUAUUAGGUAUGUUUCCGUCAGCAUUUCAUACUCCUUGCACCCAAACACCAAAAUACAUAAGUAUAUUAACAGAGUAAUUCUUACCUGUCUUACUGAAUUCACUUCUAUUGGUCUGUAAAACUGAAUCUCAAUAAAACCACCAAAAACCAAAAAUCUUUUGCGUUUUCUUGUGGAUUCUUUCAUUAAAAGUUAAAGAUCGCCCCCUAGUGGAGAAAACAGGAAGUACCCAUUGUAGCCUAAGGCUCACUUUAUUUUUACACAAUUGUUACAUCAGCUACUUCAUUAAGCAUCAAAAUUCAUCAAAUGU